AUUGUCAAUUUGUCAGUAAAAAAAUGUAUUUGUUUAUUUAUUUAUUAUAAGAUUUAUAUAAAUUUAAUGAAAUGGAUAAGAUCGGAAUCAAAAAUGAAUUCUUUCCGCACUACGGCACAAUACCUUAUUGCCACGCAUGUUUAAGUUCAGACAGAGUUCUUUCAACUGUGACCGAAUAUGGCGAUAUCUAUUACAAAAUCUUGGAUAAUCAGAACAUGAUGCUUCGAAAUGAUCUGAACUUAUGCUGGGAAUGUAUAGCAAUUCUAAAGAAAAUCAGGAUGUUCAAGAAGAAGAUUGUAGAAGCCCAGAAGAUACUUCAAUUUUAUUACACUAAUAAACAGGUUCCCUUUCCCCACCCUCUUUCAAAUCUUACCCCCCACACCAUUAACCACCAGAUAUGUUUAACAUAUGAAGAGAAUGAAAUAAAAGCUAUCAAAGAAGAGAUUGAUGUUUACAAUGAAUUUGACCACUUUGAUAAUGACAAUAUCAAAGACGAACCUGAACCCAAUGAGCCAAAUGUCUUGGAUAAUGUUACGGUCUUGGAUAAUGUUACGGAAACUGUUCCGGAGACAUCAAACGAUUGGAAGGAAUUUAACAUGAGGAGAAUAAUGAAUAGGAAAGCGAAGUAUAGAUUUUUGAAUGCUAAACUGAGGAAACAUAGAAAAUUGUUAGUCAGGAAGAUGCCGAUAGAGCUUGGUGCUGUUUUGAAUGGCUUGGAAGCGGAGAGGGGUGAUGUAUCGUUUUUAAACGAGGAGUAUAAAUGUGCGAGUUGUGUCGCAAUGUGCCAUGAUGAGGAUGGGUUGGCUAAACAUCAGAAGAAGUAUCAUGAGGAGGCAAUUGGACCAUACCAAUGCAAAAUAUGCAAGACCCGCUGCCCAUCCCAGGACAAUCUUCAAGCACACCAGAUGAAGCACUAUUACCAGAGGGAAUGCAAGGUGUGCCGGCUGCGGUGUUGCUCGCAGCCCUACAUGGAUAGACAUCUCGAGCAGCAUGACCGGAUGGUGCAAUGUUUAUCCUGCGAACUGUGUUUCAAGAACGUGCGGUUAUUCUACAACCACUACAAGGAGUUACACGCGAAGUUCGUCUGCGAUGUUUGCGGUAAGCGAUGCAAGUCGCGCGCCAUUAUUGAGAAACAUCUUAGGUACCACUUCGGUUACGAAUGCCCGUACUGCAAAAAGAAGCUGAAGAACUCCACGUCAUACAAGAACCAUGUAGAAACGCAGCACACAUCUUCCGUCUCAGACAACUCGUACUGCGUGCAGUGCGACAGGAGAUUCACGAGCGACCGCAUGUACAAGCGGCACUUGCAGAGCAGCGCGGCGCACGCGGCAGAGCGAGACAACACUAGGGCCAAGCGAAAGUACCCCUGCCCCGAGUGUAACAACGUGUAUUCAAGGCGCACGUACAUGAACAACCACUAUCGACAUGUCCACGCCAAGCAGAGCAAGUACUACUGCGAGGACUGCGACCGGCAUUUCCUGAAUCGAACGAGGUACCUGGACCACAGACGGUUCCAGCACGACGGCGCGAAGAGAGACAAAGACAAACUGUGCAAUAUAUGCGGCCGAGGGUUUGCGGCAAACAGAACGCUAGUGAACCACAUCCGGACGCACUCCGGCGAGCGUCCGUUCUCGUGCGAGUAUUGCGGCGCCAAGUUCACGCAGAAACACGCCAUGCUGUCACACGUCAAGUAUAUACACCUGAAGAGCAAGCGGAAAGCUAGCUGGCACGAGUAGCCACGUGUAUCUAGGUACUCGUGUACGCCAGAGGGUUGCAGGUAGACGCGCUAUGCUGUCACGUCAAGUAUAUACACCUGAAGAGCAAGCGGAAAGCUAGCUGGCACGAGUAGCCACGUGUAUCUGGGUACCCGUGUACGCCGGAGGGUUGCAGGUAGACGCGCUAUACUGUCACACAUCAAGUAAAGUUUCGAGGACCGGUUUGACCCUGCCUGUGAAGCCGAUGGUCCUGGGUUCGAAUCCCGGUAAGGGCAUUUAUUUGUGUGAUGAGCACAGAUAUUUGUUCCUGAGUCAUGGGUGUUUUCUAUGUAUUGGAGUAUUUAUAUAUUAUAUAUAUCGUUGUCUGAGUACCCACAACACAAGCCUCCUUGGGCUUACCGUGGGACUUAGUCAAUCUGUGUAAGAAUGUGCUAUAAUAUUUAAUAUUUAUUUAUUUAAGUAUAUACACCUGAAGAACAAGCGGAAAGCUAGCUGGCACGAGUAGCCACGUGUACCCGGGUACCCGUCCGUAAGUGUGUUGCAGUUGACGCGCUAAAAUAAAAAGAACCCCUGAUACUGAUGUCGGUGUUGUGAAAUAAAAAAAAUCUGUUUUGUAAUAAUAAUAGGGAAAGGUAAAAAAAAUUUGGGAUAUGUACAAUAAUAUUAUGUACAAUAAUAUACACGGUGGCAAAAAAUAAGUGCGUUCCCGUUGCCGGAGGAUUUGGGAUUAUACUGAGCAACUUUUACUAUGAGACCAACCCCGGAAUCGAGAAAAAAAAUUUGGCUGAUAUUUUGGUUGGUCCAUUUUCUACGGGAGGGAAAUUUUUUUCGCGAUUUCGUGGUUGGUCCAUUGUCCCAUAGUAAAAGUUGCUCAGUAUAAUCCCAAAACCUCCGGCAACGGGAAUGCACUUAUUUUUAGCCACCCUGUAUAUAUAUUAGCCAAAAAAACAUCUGACCAUAAACAGAUUCUGUCCGUUGUGGAAUUACCCUGUAUAUA